CUGUGCGACAAAACGACAAAGCAGUUUAUCCAAGUGCAGCAGUGGUUUGUAAAGAAACCAAUGACGAGGGACAAAUAAUAUUGUACUAAAUCGUUGAAUCACGCCACAGGUUUGAAUACAGGAACGACUGUCCUACAGGAUUCGUUCAUGCAAACACGGAGAGAGGGGAGGUGAUGAGCAGCAGUCCCAUGGCAGGCUCUUCCAGCUCAGCGAGGGACCGCCCACCCACACGGACCAGCUUCAUCCCCGAAAUACAGAGCAUGAUGUUUGCUCUGGGAGAUGCUCGCAGACCCCUACAUGAGACUGCUGCUCUGGUAGAGGACAUUGUACACACCCAACUCAUCAACCUGCUACAGCAGGCGUGUGAGGGGGCGGUCCUUAGAGGGUCAAGGGUCAUCUCAGCUGAGGACAUCCUGUUCCUCAUGAGGAGAGACAAGAAGAAGGUGAGGAGGUUGUUAAGGUAUCUACAGUUCAGAGACUACAAGUCUAAAGUGCUGAAAACCAUUGAAGAUGAGGAACCACUGGAGUCAGAUAGGUGGGUUGUUGCCGGGAGUAACAAGCGCCAGCGGCUAGCAGGAGACUUCUUGUCCUGGGUGGACCAGACGGGAGAGUUCCUGUCCCUGUCUGACAACCAGGAAGUAGAUGACGUCAAACUGGAACGACUGGAGAGGUUGGAAAGACAGACCAGGGGGAUGGACAGUGCUCAGUACAGUGAGUUCUGUGAGAGUCGGCAGCUCAGCUUUGCUAAGAAGGCAUCUAAGUUCCGAGACUGGCUGGACUGCAGCAGUCUGGAGGUGAAGCCCAACACUGUUGCCAUGGAGAUCCUGUCCUAUCUGGCUUAUGAGACCACCGCUCAGCUGGUAGAUCUGUCUCUGUUAGUGAAACAGGAUAUGACUCCAAAGACAGAUCCCUUCAGCCAUGUUGUGUCUGCCAGCUUCAUACACUACCACAGCAAUACAGAGGUAAAGAGAGAUCCAGAAUCUCCAGAGACCACGCCCCCCUCCACUCCUGGCUCAUCCCACUCCUCUAAGCCCUCGAAUGGAGGCUUGGGAUUGGACAGUAAAACCAGGCAAAGGAAACGCAAGAAGAGCUCAGCAGUGAGUGGUGUGGAACCUCCCAGUGGAGCCAUUCAGCCCUGCCACAUCAGAGAGGCCAUCCGACGCUACAGUUACAGACACACGAGUGCUAAUAGGGGGAAUGGGAUGGCGUUCCUGGCCUGCUAAAGGCAGAAGAGAAAUGGUUUGACAGAAGAUAAAUGUUUUUUUAUGAUUUGAGAUUCUUACCAUAAAGACAGAGAGGAAGUUAUUUCUGUUGAAGUCCAGACAACUUCAUGUCAUGAUGUAUCACUUACUCUGCGUUUACACAGGCAGCCCAAUUCAGAUCUUUUUUCCAGAUCUGGUUGGUUAGAAGAUUAAUUAGUGAAAAAAAUCAAUUGGGCUGCCUUUGUAAACGCAGCCUUAGUGUCCGGUUCAUUUUUUUUGUCCACAUUGAUUAUGCAUCCUUGGUUUAUAUAAAAAGUAGUCUUUAAUAAAGCUUUGAUUAGA